GAUAAGGAGAGUGGCAGAUAGAGAGAGAGAGAGAGAGAGAGAGAGUAAGGAGGUAGUGUGUGGAGUAGCGAUGGUGCCAGUGUUCAGUAAUUACAAAGGAUAAGGAAGAGAAGAAGAAAACACCGGAGAAAAAUACAGCAGAUGGCAGGAAGAGAGAGGGAGUAAGAGAGAGAGAGAGAAAGAGAGCGAGCGCUCAGUCAGGAGAACGGACAUUCUCCGAGCAACAAGCUAGAGUGGGCACAAGACAGACAGAGAGAGAGAAGGAGAGGAGGUAACAGGGUGUGUGUAGCGUGUGUGUGUAGUGUGUGUGCGUAGUGUGUGUGUGUGUGUGUAGUGUGUGUAAAGUGUGAUCGCUGUUGUGAACCUGUUGAUUACUCGGAGUGGAAGAUGUCAGAGAUCAGCGCCGCUCCGUAUAAACACUCAGAGUCCCGAGAAUGAGAAAGUUCUCAGUGUGAGACUUGGACUAACCCCAGAAAGAAAUUGUUGCAACUAUAAGUAAUGUGAAAUUUUUGGAAGACCUUUCAGGUGCCCCCGAGUCCAUACAGUUAAAAAAAAAUGUUCUCUCGCAAUUGCUUCGACGGUCAGGGUGGGACCGGUGCCCCGCAGUACGGCCGGCACAAGAGCAAGCUGGUGGUGCACAAGAGGAGGCAGCCAAACCCCAGGGUGGCCAUCAUGCUCCGUGGGAAAAUCCACCGUCUCCUGCAGGGCUCUGCUGAUCACUCCAUCCCAGCUUCACAUCUUUACUACGCAGGAAUCGAAGAGGAAGAUCCAGAAGAGGCUGAGGACAUGCGGAAGAGCUGCUGCAGGAGAGGGAUCACUUCUGUGGAAGUCUGCAAACUCCCACCAGUCCAUAAUGGGAAGGAACACGACGGUGUUGCAGGAGCUUGCUGCGUCGGAGAGGUGGAGCUGAACCAAGAGGGAGGGAUACGAAUCCCUUGCACCUUGCAGCAUAUCAAUCCAACAGACUUACGUGCAACUCAGGACAUCAACAGACCGGCACUUGUUUUCGGCCGAGGGCUUGCCAGUGGGACGGGUCAGAAAGAUCUGCUGUACCAGUUUAACAUGGUAGUGCAGGACAAGAUCAUAGAGGAAGAUGAGGACAUAGAUGAAGAGGAGGAAUCGAGUGCCAUUAUCGAGCACAUCCUGAAGGAACUGAAGGGCAUCAAUAAAAUCCAGGAGGAAAUUUCAGACCUGCGCGAGUACCUGUCUUCUGUCCGUGGGUCUGUGGAAGAGGUAUCCAGCUGUGUGGAUGCAGUUUUAAUGGAGAUUGAAGGCAUUCGCUCAGGUACCAGGUCCAGUGUGGAGACAUGGCCUGGUGCAGGGUCCAAGCAUGAACAUCAUCAAUCUGAAGGUCCUUUCAGUGAGACCUGUGACAAACUCCAUACUGUAGAGUGUAUGAGCUGUGGUAUGCAAACAGGGUUCGACAAACAACGCAAACAAACGCUUGACAAAGACUCCUGUAGACCUCCAUCUAACUUUACCACAACUAACAACACUGUCCAUAAUCCGUUUGGGCGUGGUAUACCUUCACAAAGCUCAGAUAUAUCCCCAAACACAGUAAGAAGGAAGCAAAGUCUCAGCUACCUUGAACAUCAUGAUGGUCAGGACUGCCUCAGCACUAGCUCCCUUUCCUCAGCUCAGAGUUCCAAGUCUGAAUCUGACCAGGAGAGACCUUCACCUGGACAGGUGAAUGCUAGAGAUCAGGCACAGGACUGGGAUCAAACAGGCCUGGAGCACAUUGGGAGCGGGGUCACAAGGUGGAGCGGAGAUGAUCCAGACUCCAGACGAGGCAGUUUUGAAGAACGCACUGGAGCUGGAGAUACCUGGGAACUUUUGAGAGAUGAAGGAGGUGUGGAGGAAUCGACUUCAGAGCACACUGCAGCCACCUCCAGUCUGCACUACAAUUCUCCAGCUAGCACGUGUAGUAGGAAUGAGUGGCAUGGUCAGAGAAGUAAAGCAAAUCUGUGCAAGGUGGACGGACCACCUGAGGGCUCAGCUGUGGACUACACUGAAUUUGUAGGUGUUUGUGAUUACUCCAAAGUGACACAACCUUCAACACCAAGUCAUAAGUUUACUCCUGCUGAUUGUAAAGAGGAUGUCAGCUGUUCCUUGUCCUCGACCUUCACACACCAUGCUGUGAAUCUGGAGUCUCUAGAGAAUGCCGUUGGUCUGGUGAAGCAGGGAUACACAAUGAAUACCUCUCAUGAAUACCUUCUUGAACAGGAGAUGAAUGAAAGCAAUAAUGUUGGGUUUAACGUUAAGAAGUUUGGGAGGGCAGUGUUGGAUUUCAGAUCUGCAUUAAAGAUGGCACUAAAGAAGCUAGAUGCAGGUGGUGCAAGCACACUAGCAGAUAAAGCUGAGAGCUCAAGUGAGCCUCAAGCAGGGCGAGACCUUCUGGACAGUGAGUCACCCAGUGAAGAAGUGCCUCAGGUGGUCUCUCCUUCUGUCAAGACCCUACAAUUGGACAUUUCAAACGCAAACCCUUCAGCACCAUCUCAUGGCUGCACACCAGAUCCUGACCAUGUGGAGUCCAUCUCCACCUUAUCAAACCCUUAUGACACUGUUGAAGGCAGCAUGCAGACUGCAGAAACCAUGGAUACGAUGCUUUCCUCAGAACCAGAGCUCUCUAGUGAUACAACAUCACAUGCUGCUACUAUGGUCACCCACCCUGACCAACUGACCACCGAAUCAUGCUCUGUCUCCGUAUCUGCUGAGGAAGACCAGCGAGAAACCUCAGAGGAGCCCACAGGAGCACAGGCAGAUGAUGGAGAACAGGAAGGAGUCCAGCAUUUAGAGCUGAGCGUGAGAGAUGUUCGGAGACUGAAGUGCCUGAGAACCUUCCAGCAGAUCCUUCGAGAGAAGAGAGAGAGCAGAAGACGCCUCGGCAUGGUGACCAUGUUCUCACAGUCUGAAGAUGGGAGUCAGGAUGAAGAUCAGACACAGAGUAAAGGUGAUGGAGGAUCAAACCCACAGCCAUGGACCAGUACUGGUGGAGGAGGAGCGAUCUUCGGGAUCGACAGCAUGCCUGAUCUGCGCAGGAGGAAACCGAUCCCACUGGUCAGCGAAGUGUCGCUGGUGCAGUCCAGAAAAGCCGCCAUCUCCUAUUCACUGGCCUCUCGACCCUCACUCAAGGACGAGGAGCUGAAGAGUCACGUGUACAAGAAGACGCUGCAGGCUCUGAUCUACCCCAUCUCCUGCACCACGCCGCACAACUUUGAGGUGUGGACGGCCACCACGCCCACCUACUGCUACGAGUGUGAGGGGCUGCUGUGGGGCAUCGCGCGCCAGGGGAUGAGGUGCACCGAGUGUGGGGUCAAGUGCCACGAGAAGUGCCAGGAGCUCCUCAACGCCGACUGCCUACAGAGAGCGGCGGAGAAGAGCAGUAAGACAGGUGCUGAGGACCGGAACCAGCACAUCAUCUCCUCCAUGAAAGACCGCAUGAAGAUCCGCGAGAGGAACAAGCCUGAGAUCUUCGAGGCUAUUCGCACUGUCUUCAGCAUCACCAAGCUGAACCACGCCCAGCAGAUGAAGACCGUUAAACAGGCAGUGCUGGACGGAACUUCCAAAUGGUCAGCUAAGAUCUCCAUCACAGUUCUGAGCGCUCAGGGUCUGCAGGCUAAAGACCGCACCGGCUCCAGUGACCCCUACGUCACAGUGCAGGUGGGCAAAACCAAGAAGAGAACCAAGACCAUCUACGGGAACCUGAACCCCGUGUGGGAGGAGACCUUUAACUUUGAGUGUCAUAACUCCUCAGAUCGUAUAAAAGUCCGUGUUUGGGAUGAAGAUGAUGAUAUAAAGUCUCGGGUGAAGCAGAGGCUGAAGCGAGAAUCAGAUGAUUUUCUGGGUCAGAGCAUCAUCGAGGUCCGGACACUGAGCGGAGAGAUGGACGUGUGGUACAACCUCGAGAAGCGCACGGAUAAGUCGGCUGUGUCAGGAGCCAUCAGGUUGCAGAUCAGUGUGGAGAUUAAAGGAGAGGAGAAAGUAGCACCGUACCACCUACAGUACACCUGCCUACAUGAGAAUAUCUUCCACUACCUGAUGGAUGUUGAGGGACAGGGUGUGGUGAAACUGCCUGCUGCUCAAGGAGACGACGCCUGGAAGGUUUAUUUUGAUGAAGUGGAGCAGGAGAUCGUGGACGAGUUCUCCAUCCGCUACGGCAUCGAGUCCAUCUACCAGGCCAUGACACAUUUUGCGUGUCUCUCCUCUAAGUACAUGUGUCCAGGUGUUCCCGCGGUUAUGAGCACUCUGCUAGCAAACAUCAAUGCAUUCUUCGCUCAUCCCACGUCCAGCACCAGCGUCUCCGCCAGUGACCGCUUCGCCGCCUCCAACUUCGGGAGAGAGCGCUUCAUCAGGCUCCUGGAUCAAUUACACAACUCACUUCGCAUUGACCUGUCCACCUACAGGAAUAAUUUCCCAGCCAGCAGUAAGUUUCGGCUGUCAGACCUCAAGUCCACUGUAGACCUGCUGACCAGCAUCACCUUCUUCAGAAUGAAGGUACAGGAGUUGCAGGCCCCCCCACGAGCCGCUCAUGUGGUCAGGGAUUGUGUGAAGGCGUGUCUCAACUCCACAUACGAGUACAUCUUCAACAACUGCACUGAGCUCUACAGCACACAGUUCCAGACACACACACAGCCUCAGAAACGGAAGAAAGAGGGGGAUAAGGAAGAAGAGAAGAAGGAGGAUCUAAAGGAGGAGGAGGCGGGGCCAAGCAUCCUGAACCUGGACUUCUGGCCAAAGCUAAUCACCCUCAUAGUGUCCAUCAUCGAGGAGGACCGCAACUCAUACACACCAGUUAUAAACCAGUUUCCUCAGGAGCUGAAUGUAGGAAAACUAAGUGCUGAUGUCAUGUGGUCACUUUUCGCUCAGGACAUGAAGUACGCACUAGAAGAACAUGAGAAACACAGGCUCUGUAAGAGUGCUGACUACAUGAACCUACAUUUCAAAGUGAAGUGGCUUCACAACGAGUACGUCAGAGAUCUGCCCUCUGUCUCCAACACAGUACCCGAGUACCCAAGGUGGUUUGUAGUGUUUGUGUUGCAGUGGUUGGGUGAGAAUGAGGAUGUGUCCAUGGAGUUCAUGCACGGUGCUCUGGAGAGGGACAAGAGAGAUGGGUUCCAGCCGAUGUCCGAGCACGCUCUGUUCUCCUGCUCGGUGGUGGACGUCUUCACGCAGCUCAACCAGAGCUUCGAUAUCAUCAAGAAGCUGGACUGUCCAGACCCCGGGAUCGUGGCCCAGUACAACCGCCGCUUCGCUGAGACCAUCAGGAAGGUGCUGCUGCAGUACUGCAGCUCUCUGUCCAACUGCUUCCCAUCCUACUGUGAGAAGGAGAAGAUGCCCUGUGUGUUGAUGAACAAUGUGCAGCAGAUGAGGGUGAUGCUAGAGAAGAUGUUUGAGUUUAUGGGAGCCAAGCAGUUGACAGCUGAGGAGGAGAGGCUUGAGAAUGAGGAGGAGCAGGAGGAUCUAGAUAAAGAGCUUGAGAAUGAGGAGGAGCAGGAGGAUCUAGAUAAAGAGGAUGAGAAGAGAGACAAAGAGAAAGAGUUGGACUCAGAAGCAGCAGAAAUCUUGAACGAUCUUCAGGUCAAACUCAACACUGUUCUGGACAACUUGAGUGCUGUGUUUGCUAAGAGUUUCCAGGUCCGUAUCAGUGUGUGUAUGCGUCAGGUCAGUGAGAUGGUGUAUCAGGUCAAAGGUCCUCUGAACCAGAACUCCAUGAACAGUGCCGAGUCGGACGCCGUCACGGUGCUCAGGCCGCUCAUGGAGUUCCUCGACUCACAUCUGAGUAUAUUUGCAGAUGUGUGUGAGAAGACAGUGCUGAAGCGGGUUCUGAAGGAUCUCUGGAGGAAUGUUCUGAUCAGCAUGGAGCGAACCCUUGUACUGCCCGAGAGUAACGACAGCAUCGGUGCUCAGCUCCUCAGUGCAGCCAAGGAGCUCUCUAAACUAAAGGGAGGGGGCGAGGGCAAGUACCUGUCCCCCAGACAGUGUUUGGUCAUGGAGGCAGCGCUGGACACCAUCAAGCAUUUCUUCCAUGCAGGUGGAGAUGGUCUGAAAAAGACAUAUCUGGAGAAGAGUGAUGAACUUCGCUCUCUACAGUACGCUCUGUCUCUGUACGCUCAGAGCACUGACGAGCUCAUCCGCACCUUCAUCAUCACACAGCACUCACAGGUGCACAAGGGCACAAGCUUGAGGAUCACACCUAAAGAGAGCUUACAACCUGAAAGAGCGUUUGUUGAGCAGUUUAUAGGUGAGGCUGUGAUCCAGGUGGACACGACGCCCCCCACUGCCAGCACUGAGCAGAAGAUCACAGUCAAAGUGAUUGGGGUGAAUGAUAUGAAGUGGCAGACCUCCGGACUGUUCCGUCCAUUUGUGGAGGUCAGUCUGAUCGGCCCGAUGCUCUUAGACAAGAAACGGAAGUUCACCACCAAGUCCAAGAACAACUGCUGGACUGCGAAAUACAACGAGAGCUUCCUGUUUGUUCUGGGGAAAGGUGUGAGUGCCGAGUUUUACGAGCUCCAGGUGACGGUCAAGGACUACUGCUUUGGACGGGUGGACCAGGUGGUGGGCGUGGCCGUGAUACCGUUAGCCCUGGCAGUCGGACCUGAGAAUCGGAGCUUCGUGUGCUGGUGCCCUCUGGCCCCGAGCAUCUCCACGGAUCAGACAGGAGCCACAACAUUGCGCAUCCUCAACCAGCGCCAUGACGAUGAGAUCGCCAAGGAGUUCAUCCGACUAAAGAGCGAGAGACGACCCACAGAAGAGGGGAGGUAGGGGGGGAGACCCACAGAAGAGGGGAGGUGGGGGGGGCGACCCACAGAGAAGGGGAACACACACACACACACCUGUAAAACACACCUGAGUGUGACAUGUGUGUCUUUAGGCUCAAUCACAUUUACCCAGCAUCCUUUGCAGAUAUAUUUGAAGUAAAAAGAUGACACGUUUUUUGUUUUGUGUGUGUGUGAGAGAGAGAGAGAGAGAGAGAGAGAGAGAGUAAAUGUCUGAACCCAAAGCCAAACUUUUUGAGAGUUUUGGCCAAACUCUGGCUUGUUAUUCUCUUUGCUAUUGGUGGCCUUAAAAGGGGGCGGAGUCACAGUCCCCAAUUACUGUGCUCUUUUAUUUUUGCCUUUUUGAUUAACACACACACACACACACAAAUUUACAAAACUCCUCAGUAUGGCUGGAGUCCUGUAAGCACAGUGUUUAUUUACACACACACACACACACACACAAACACACUCUAAGCUUUACUGCCCCAAUUAUGCUGAACACUGCCAGUGGUCAGCUUGCUAUGCAGUGAUUGGCUGAGAGACAUGAUGUGCAGCUGAACUGUGCAUUUUAGCCAAUUACAUGAGUGAACCCUAAACAAUGUGUUGUUAAUAAUAAUAAUAAUAAUGAUAAUAAUAAUAACAAUUAUGUGCCAAAAAGCUUAUAGGUUUAGUAGUUGCAUCACUAGCUCACAGGAAACAGUUUAGCAUGAGAGUUACUGUACAUUUUACUUUACAGACUGUCAGAAUGUGGACUCAGAUAUUUAUUUAGUUAUGAUUAGAUGCUCAUAUCUGUUCAAUAUUCCUCUAUCAACAUGUGGAUUUUGUAAAUAAAUAAUUUAUGAUGAACAA